AACCCCGCUAUUGUGGAAGUUCCGAAACUCGAAGUCCUACGAGAGCGGGCCACUCCUCACGUUAGCACGACGAGAAUAUUAUUCUGCGAUCAUUCGCUAUCCACAGCCAGCUGUCGAGUGUUGAUCGUACAGCGGAUAGCUGCCAAAACGACCCACGUGCUGACGACAGGCGAUUGUAAGCUAGAAUGUACUCCGUUCGAUGCGCCAAAGGAUGGAGAUCGAGGGAGUGCUUUCAACCGGCACCUUGGCACGCGUUCGGCACUUCGCGCGCGUGCGCUGCUUCGAGGUACGGAAAUCCCGUCGCGACGCUCGAUUCGAUUCGCGAGAAUGCUACUACGCCGAGUCUGAGUCGGUGAGCGCCUUUGCCCUUGGUGCGUUUUUUUCCGGUCACAGCAUAUACGUAGUAGCGUCUACGUAGCAUAUACCUCGUGCAUUUCGUCCCCCUUUUUUUGGGAUGGUCCUAGUUUUCCGGGCACACAAGCGAUCCGGGAAGGUUCCGCCGAUGUCAUCACCACGUGCGGCGGUCGGACCAAGCGUGGCACGAGUGAGAAAAAGGCGGUGACGUAGUCUUUCGAAUAUCCGAAUCGUGGACACAACAGCUAUAGAAACGACGACUGCCCAUCUACCGACUUCCGUUUACCAGCGAUAAACGGAGACCCUUCGAGGAAAGAGCGGGUCGUUUGAUGCUGACGAUUCGUCGUCAGAAUUCUAGUUACAGACACAGCGGUUCGGGCAGGCCGUCCCAGAGAAAGCGAGUCAUUCGCAAAUGCGGGAGCCACACUGACUGUAAAAUCUGGUGGAGGAAGUCACUGGAACAGGCACGCGUGGGUGAGUGGCCCACAUGACGGACAUGGCAGAUAUGAUGCGGGUUCAACGUACCCCCACUUGGUGCCCGCGGCAGGGACGAUGCUCGCCGGCAGCAGCAGUUGCACGCCGUGUGGUGCGAUUUAUCGCUAGCGGGGAAGAAAAUAUAUCGUGUUUAUUCAGGGUGAUACGCUACUCCCAGCUCUUAUGCUUUAAGCGGCUUUCAGAUAGGAUGAUAUUGCUGACGGCUGGCCUCGAGAGGACGGCUAGAAGUAGCCGCUACGAGCGACUCUCUGGAAAGGGGCAUGUGUCUCUUUCCCUUGCAAAUACUCCUCCAACCCGCAGUAGUUUAUAGGUAGCCUUUCUUGCUCCAAUACUUCCCACAACAAUCUCCCUUCAGAUUUGCAUCUCAUCCUCUCAUCCUGGCAAGCAGGGUUCUUGCGACAUUUCAAGGGUCUAGAAGAAGCUCUAGGAGUCUUAAGUUCCAGCGACAUUGUAAGGGUCACCGCAAACUAGAUGGAUUCAUUCCCGGCGCUUACUAACCAGGCGCAUCCAUACGAGAUUGCCUCCCUAGAUUUCCUCUCCCUUCCCACUCCAUCCUCUUUCCCCGAGACUAUAACGGGAGGCGAGUGCGGAUUGGGACUACCAGCGGCGUCGGAAGAGCUCAUUCCAGAGCUUCUAGCCGCCAUGGGUGCUGCAGAUGAUGCCCAGCCAAGUCUCACAUGGGUGCGCGCGGGUCACUCCUCUCAUGGUGCCACUGAGGGCAGCAUAUGCGACAUGGGUACGCUCGGCCCAUGAUGAUGCGUGGGGCAAGCAACGGUCCGGAUUCAGACACGUGGCUGGAUGAUUUCGGGGCUAUUGUGAGCGACGGCAUAGGUUCGGGAUGGGGUUCAGGCUCCACUGUGCUCUCUGUGCUGCCGUCGGA